GGUGGGCUAUUUGAUUCAUACAUCUAGCCGGGAUUUAUCGUUGGUAAACUUUCGAAAAUCCGAGAAGAGUAACACUAAUCUGGUUGACCAUAAAAGUGAACCUAUGUAUAAAAUCAUAUCAGACACUCUUAAAGUAAUUAACUUAUGAUCUUAAACGCAUUCAUUCACCCUAUGUUCUUGGUACUAAAAGUGUUCAUAUCUUAAAGCACGCUAGGGAACUUGGUUUUGCACGAAAACAUAUGGACGAAACGCUUAGAUUUACUAGUCGAUGUGACUCUUACGCUUGGAUUUAGUUUAAUCUAUUUGUGUCACGUCUCGAUAAAUGUUUACUGUGAUGAUGGUCCUUAAUAUAUUACUAGGAGAGGGUUGAACGUUGAAACGGUGUUCUCAAACAACUUUUGGUGCCUUGUGAUUUAUGUAUAAAGCAUUUGAUUUUUAGGUGGGUUUAUACUUAUGUAGGGAUUGCCGUGUGUUUCCGUGUACAUGGCUCGUUAAACAUUUCAUGUAGUAGUUCAAGGGAACUUCUAGGGGCGUUUCUUAUGCGAUCACUAGAUAUAUGUUGGAGUUAUACUGGACUGUGGUUGUCAAAUAUAAAUAAAUCCUAACGUUCUUAUUUUUUCUUGCAUAAGUAGUGUAGUAUUCCCAACGAUCCAUGGUUUAAUUUAAAUAAUGCUUAAAAUGGGUUUAUUACGUGUCGACAGAAGACAAAAUCCCGAACUUCUCAAUGUACACUGAAGUGCGUUAUCCUAAAUGUCAUUCUUCUCAGUAACUGUUACUUUUCACAUAUUUUGUCUUUUAUAAACAGACUACACCGAUAAUUUCUGUUUCCUGGUCAACAUACAUUUUUUUUAAAAGUUUUCGGGAUAUCAACUUUAUUGUUAGCUUACACGAAGUUCAUUUCCGAACAUGGUUGUUCACAAAACCAGUUCUCGCGGUAAAAUCGUCUUUAGAUAAUUCAUAGCGGGUUAAACAUAGCGUUCAUUCAAAAGUUAAACUGAUGAAAGAAAUUAAAUAUGAAAUUCAACUUAAUCUACAUUUGCAUAUGAGAUAAGCAUGGCUCUCGAUGGUCGGAAUUGAAAUAACUGGUGUAAGGUUGAGAAUUUAAUCGAUAAAGCUGAAGCACUUAAACUACUUGGAUGUUUCCCUGUUCCACCUAACUGAUGUAGUUCCAAUUAAUCCAAUGCGAUAGUUACUGAUUAGUUAUUUAAGUGAAUAUUAGGAGCUUAUCCGACAACCAAAUGACCUGCAUACAACAACAUAAAACCUCACACUAAAAGGUGUUAAAUCGGGCUUUUAUAAUUUGUAAUAGUGUAAAAGCAGUAAACAAACGAACUGCUAUUAAGAUAAAGUGUCCGCUCACGCGAUUGAAAGUCCUGGGUUUGAUCCCUUGUGGUGUGUUCUUGGACCCAUCAAUGCAGAGGAGCCCAUUAUUAUGAUAAUACAAUUGUCCAUUGCUUCCCAAUAGUAGUCUAAGAUCAGUUUGUGUCAUAAACAAUGGAAAAUAUAUGAUUGAACGAAAAGCAAUGAAAAGCUUGCAAGAUACUCAAAAUUAAGAGUACGAGAAUGUAUAUUUCAUUCUGGUUGCUAAACUAACUACCCAAAACUACACGUUCCCUACCACUCACGUUGAUCUUAAAGUUCACAUUCUUGUAUCCAAUCUUUAAACACAUAAUCGCUGAUUGCGCAGUGUAUCAGGUUAUCUUCUAUAAUUGAAAGUGUUGUCUAAGAUUAUCAUAGAGCUAUCAAAUUUAUUAGUAGGGGUUAAGCAUAUUGAGUCACUAUAACGUGAUAAUUAACCAUCUACUUAUGAUAUAAUGUACUAACUUAUUACUUAUUAUCUAGUAGUUUAAUCAGACGCUAGUUUUGAUGUAUCAGCAGUAUCGGUAGACUAGUAUUAUUCUUAACUCCCAUAUAAUGCAUAGCCAACCUAGCAAUGAACUUUCUACUGAGCAUUAUAAUACUAGCAAUAGGGAAAAACGUCAUAACUUUAAAGACGUCAUUAUUAAAUUAUCGAGUAGCAUUGGCAUCACAAGUGAUUCGAGUUGACGAGAACUAUCUUCUUUUGAGUCAGCCGAAUUCGAUAUCGUAUAGUGAGCCGAAUUGACUCGUUGGAUUAUUUCAUUUAGUACACUUAUUGCGUAAUGUCACUGGUCCAGGUUAAAAGCAACAUAAGAAAGUACGUAACAUAACCUAUCUGGUUAUAUAAUGACUGCAUUUUUAUUGUAUUGCAUUUCCUCCAGACUACACCAGUCUUCAAUUUUACUUAUUCUCCAUUUCACCUAUUAAUGCUUCAUAGUUUUGCGAACGUAUUUAUAUUCUUGACAGAUUGUUCGAAUUUAGAAGUCCUGUGAGGUUGUAAAAAUAAUAUUGUAACUGUAUACCCUUUAAAAUAUGGUUGAAGUUUACAAGCUGAGAUGUACUCUGUCGGGUCAUAAAAGCGAUGUUCGUGCAGUCGCUUGUCUUUCAGAUACCAGAAUUGUUUCUGCUUCAAGGGAUUUAACAGCAAGGAUAUGGAAUAUUUCCAAGUUAGUCAUCUUUCUAUUUAAAUUAAUACUAUUACAGUAACCGUAGUCAUGAUAAGUCAUGCAUAUAGGCUAUGUUGUAACUCAUUAUAUUUAUCAACUGUAAAGUAUACAAAAAUAAGUUAUUGGACAGAAUUCCUGUCGCUAGUAGGGCAGGUAGUAAAGUUUACGGAAUGAGAUCAUAGGUAUUAGCUGUUAACACAAUGUAUCAAAGAACGUUCUCAUCACUUCACUUUAUUCUAUAUUAGAUAGGAAAAUUACAUAGGGUCCAGAAGCAUCCCAUACAAAGUCUAAUAGCAAUGAAGUGAAGUAAGACAAGAAUAUAUCGAUGCUCAAUAUUUGAACAAGACAACCCGAAUGGGUACAGUCAGGAGAGAAUUGUAUUCUCUCCUUGAGAAUCGUGCGUUAUAAAACAGCACUCAUUAUGCAAACCGCUUAGGUGUUUUACGCGAAAUGCAUCAAAUUAAAUAACGCUUUCUGUCGUAAGAUGACUUCGAUUGAAUAAUGAUCUCUAUACUUAAACACCUAUACUGAACGUGAGCAAAACUACUGGGACUAUGAUAAUAGGACACAGAGUGAUGAAAAUCUCCACUCCCAAUAAGGUCUUCAAGUACUUAACAAAACUUAAUCGUGCAACCAAUCUUUUCCCUGCUAAUCUAACUUAUAACAGUGGUGAAAGCCAUCUAGGUCAGUAUAUAUUCCUCCGUUUUUUGGUUCACAAGAUUCAUCUUAUUUGUCACAUUGUCGGUAUCAUACAUAUAAUUAUCCCGAUACAUGAAUUUAUCAACAAUGAUUUAGUGUUCACCAUUAAGGGCUAUUGCAGGUACGGGUUCAUACGAACGUCGGUCAUUUUUAGGUUUUUCUUUUUCCAACUUGGAAACUUAAACGGAUACAUAUAUGUUCCUGGUCCUGCGUUGUAGUUAACUGACUGACUUUUUCCAACUUGAUGAUCUCAAAUAGCAUUGGUAGUCACUUUUAUUUAUCAAUUUACUAUCUAAAUAUUACUGAGCACCUUGAUAGUAGUAGUCGUUAAUCUCGCAAAUUAUGUUAUUGUAAUUCAUCAAGGUUUUUUAAGUAUGUUGAAAAUUUGACUGACAAUAGAUUUUUUAUAUCUGAUAGAGAAGGUUGUGAUGGCUGUGAAGAUGUGGUUCUUCUUGGGCAUACAAAUUAUGUAUCAGCUGUGUGUUGUCAAGAAUUAGAAAACGAAUGUCGUAUUCUAACAGGAUCACAUGAUAAACUAAUUCGAGGGUAUAACUCCAUGUCUCCAGAAGCUGUUUUCACAUUAGAGGGGCAUAAAGAUACGGGUAUGUUCUUAGUGGAUAUUACGUUACUCAUCGGUUUCUCCGAUCAGUGUGUGCUUUAGCGGUUGUAAAUCAAAAAACCAUAAUUAGUGGUUCUUGGGAUAAAUCAGUAAAAAUAUGGAAAGAAGAAAAGUGUGUUUCUACUCUCACAGGUGAGUUUUAAACGAAAAUAUUUUGUAAACUUUCGAAUAUUAGAGUGGAAAAAUGUGAUAGUUUUAUUAACGGGUUAUCAUCGGUAACUUCUGAAUAGUUUCCUAAAGUGAACUAAAUUCAUACAUCACAUUCACGUUUUUUUUAUUGAAAAAGUUGGGGAAUUGUCUGCGAGUUGAUAUAAUUUUUCCGGUCUUUAAAAUGUCAAGUAUUUAUGGUGAAUAAUAGACUUUCUUUUUCAAUCACAAAAUGUUGUUAGGAACCCUUUCAUUUCAGGUUAUCCAGAAAAAGAUUAUACUGCAUUAAAAUAGGAUAGGGGGAUAUAGUGUAGAGAAAGGAGAAACAAAAAAGAUGAAAGAUCUACUUCGAGCAUAUCAGUCUCAUCAAGUAAAAAAGUUGGACUCUUCAUAAAUAGCAUAUUUUUCACCGUCACAGAAAUAAGAGCAUAAUUAUUUAAUCAUUUAGUAAAUUUGUCAAAUAAAAUACAUAUUUGAACAGGGUCAGAAGCAGAAAUAUGUUAUCGAAAAUGGUAUUCAACACUUACGUUUUGUAGUGUAGCAACUUCAUUUCAGUAAUCUGAACAGUUAGCUUGUUUAAAUUUACUUUUUUAGUGACGUCUGACUGGUCAUUUAUCAUCAAAUGGUAAAUGUUACUCAAAGUCUAUUACUUGAUCUUGUUAGCUUUACUAAUCUAUUAGGGAACCGUGAAGAAUAUUUUUAGUUUGUUGUCUACAUAAUAUAAUAGAAGUGAUCUCUCAAUUGAUAUUGUUUGCAACAUUUAUCAUGAGUAUGAAUAUAGGAUAAAAAAAUACACUAUCACAACUAAUUCCGACUAUAAAUGAUGUAACAGGUUAAGCCGUCCAUUGUUGUUCCAGCAAUUUGAUGAUCAGUUCGUUGUAAUUUUUACCAACAUAUUCGAUGGUAAUUUAUUAAUAACUUCCUAUUAUUUUAUGUAGUAAAAUUGGCAGUUAAUUCUCUUAUGUGUAGGACAUGAAGCAGCAGUAUGGUGUGUACUCGUUAUGUCGGCCGUAAAUAUAACCGGUCAUGUUGAUGAUAUGAUUGUUAUCUCUGGUUCAGCUGAUCGAACUAUACGUAUAUGGUGCCUACGUGGUCUUAAUCAAGAUAUAAGUUUGCCUGACAUAAUUUUAUUGAAUUCUUUAAAUGAACACAAAGACUGUGUACGCGCCUUAGCACGUAUUGAUGAUUCACGAUUUUUAUCAGCAAGCAAUGAUGCCAGUAUAAGAGCUUGGGAUGCUACUACGGGCAAAUGUAUUGGAGAAUUUUAUGGGCACACAAAUUUUGUUUAUGGAUUGGCUUGUUCGCCUAAUUUUCCAAAAUUUGUUUCCUGUGGUGAAGAUAGAAGUAUUCGUGUCUGGCUUUUGCCUUCGGCAGGUGAAUGGGCUCCUGAAAAACAUUUUAGUUGCUUUCAAACUAUUCUAUUGCCGUGUCAGUCCGCGUGGUGUGUAGCUAUGGUACCGAAUGGUGAUAUUGUUGUUGGAGGCAGUGAUUCAGUGAUUCGGAUAUUUUCAUGUGAUUCAACACGACAAGCAUCUUCAGAUGUCUUGAAACUUUAUGAGACAGAAUUAGCCAAUUUUAAGGUUACAGUUCCUGAUUCUUCUGGAACUGGAGAUUUAGUUUUGAACAAUUUACCGGGAGUUGAGGCUUUAACGAAACCAGGGAAAUCGGAAGGACAGAUCAUGGUUAUUAACGACGAUGGUCGUUCUGUUUGCUAUCAGUGGUCUUCACAAGAUACUCGGUGGAUUAAAGUUGGUGACGUUGUAGGAAGUCAACCUUCUAAUCGUCAAGUCCAUGAAGGCAAAGAAUACGAUUUUGUAUUUACGGUUGAUAUUGACGAUAGCAUGCCUGGGCUUAAACUACCUUACAAUCGUACUGAAGAUCCCUGGUUUGCAGCUCAUUCUUUUAUUCAAAGACAUGAUUUACCUUCUGGUUAUCUGGAUACAGUUGCUAAUUUCAUUAUUAAAAACGCAGGACCUCCGAUUAAUCCAGUUGUCAGCAAUGAUUUUUCUCAUAGUGAUCCUUUUACUGGAGCACAUCGAUAUAUCCCGAAUAGCUUUUCUUCGACGGUAACCAAGUCCACCACAAAUGGGGUAUCAGUUUCUACAUCUUAUUUCCCAUCCGAUACCUUCAUAUCUAUGAAAUCAAUCAGUCUUGACCCCUUAAUGACUAAACUAGAAUCGUUCAAUGUCCAAUCACCGAUCCCAUUAAAUAAUGAAUUCUUAGAAGCAUGUAGAAAAUUCAACAUUGAUGAUUGUACUGAAACUGAAGCUGUUUAUCUUACUACUUAUAUUCUAGAUGCAAUAAACAAAUGGACUCCUGAUACAAUAUUUCCUUUAUUGGAUAUUUUACGUUGUUUAGUCUUUUGGCCGAUAUCCAGUGAUAUUAUAUUUGAAACAACAAAUUGGAAUCAUUUAUUAUCAAUUAGUUUUAAUAAUCCUGAUUUGUCAAGUGCAAAUUGUUUAUUAAUGUUACGUCUAUUAGUAAACUCUUUAGCUGCAGAUGGUCCAAGAUUUAUUGAUACUAUUAAGCGUCAGUCUGUGUCAUCAUCAUCAUCUUCAUCCUUAACGAAUAGUAGUGAUAAACCAAAUAUUCCACCAAAAUCUUUGAUUACUGCUGUUGGAAUAACUGGGAGAUUGAUUGAACUUGUUAAUGAUAAUAAAUUGCAGUUUGCAAUACGUAAACCACAACAGAUUGCGUUGGCCAACUUGAUGUAUAAUAUUUCUGUACUUGUUCAUUUGUCGAAACCGUUAUCUAUCGAGUCAAAUAUAUUUCCGCAACUGCGUUUUAUAUCUGGUGUUUGUAUUCGAAUAAGUCUGAAUAUUUUAUCACUUGCCUUGGAUCAUGGUUGUAGUGGUGUUACACAAUUACACCCUGAAGCUGUAAAUCACUUAUUUGUAUCAAUUGGCACCUGUUUAUUAUCAGUAACUUCAGGGUUAAAUUCAACAGAAGAGCAGUUAAAAACACAACGUAUUCGUAUUCUUGCAUCAGCUAUGAUUGGUUUGAAAGAUUUAUCUCGAAGUGUUGAUAAUGAUGUAGUUAUUGAUAAUAAUGUUGGUGAAUUUACCGCCUGGGAAUCAGUUCGAAAAAUUAUUAAUUACUGGAUAACAACACCUACAGUUUGUUCUAAUGUACGAGCAUGUGCAUCUCAAUUACUUUCAAUUUUAGAAUAAGAUAAUAGUACCAAGUGACUAAAAACAAUAUUUGUACUUUCUAAAAAUUUACACUUUUUGCUUAAUAUAACUGUUUUAGAUUGUAAAUUUUAAGCUUGAAUGAAUAUUUUCUUGAGUUUGCUCGUUUAAGAAAUAUUCAUAUCAAUGUAUGUGUAUCAUUUUCCCUUUACUGAAUUUUCAUUUUUGUAAAGUGUUAUGACGGUCCGUUUUCCUUUUUAUACGAAUGGGACGUUAAUUUACCUUAGACGAAUAGCUACAAUAGAUUCCCUCCAAUUGUC